AUGCCGAUUGGCGAUCAGCUCGAUGACUUGUUGGUUCGAAGCGCACUCGUAGGGCUGCCGAAAAUUGGCUGGGACCCUUCUUGAUGUGCCAGAAGAAGAUUCUGAAAUUCUCAAUCUGCAUAACUCUCUCGUUUUCGAGAAAUAGGGGCCUAAAGUACAAAAUAGCCCAUUUUUAUGGAUUUUGAGGGUUUUCUUUGACUUUGAGGCGUCUUUUUUCUCCAAAAACGAGAAAGUUGUGCAGGUUGAGACUUUCCGAAUCUUUAUUUGGUACAUCAAAGAGCAUUCUGGUCAUUUUUUAAGAGAAUCCCAACCGCGAAGUGAAAUGGUUUUAUUCGUUGACGCACUAGAGAAAUGAGAAAAGUGUGGAUUCACUUGAGUGUUUUUUUUCUUCCUUCAAAGCAUACCUGGAAAUUUAAAAAAAAGUUUGGAACUUUUUAAAAUUCGACCACUUCUCAGCUCGAAGUCCGCCAAGUUUGCGAUGCCUACUUCGACUGCUUGGAAGACCGGAGGACCCAGGAACUCGCCUGCGACGCGAAAUUCCCUGCCGAAAGGUCCAUGGCGAAAAGAAUCAGCUAUCCGAGACCUUCUCUGACGCCUCAUUGUGGUGCUGAACUUCGUGGCGACUACGAGGAGCUCGAGAAGGUCAGGAAAAGCGUUGGCGAGCAGAUGCGACGUUGCGUCAACGAAUCGGCGCCGGUCGCGGUGGCCAUGUUGCAGAUGAAGGUUUCUUUCUUGAUUUUCUCAUGGUUUGUUGGAAAAAAGGUUGUAUAGUCGAUUCACGGCUAGCUUGGGACGCUAAGAGGCCGUGUCUGCGCUCUCCGCCUAUUAGGCGCUGUCUCCAUUUUAUCGUCUCAGGACCCAUUUUUCGAUGGCUCAAGCCCUCCUUAGCUUAGCUACACCCAAAAAAACCCAUUAAGGUCUCAAAGCGAAGAGCCACUCACAGUGUUAUUUUAGUGUGCUCCGCUCGAGACGGUAACGUUUUAAAAGCACUUCAGAAUGAAAAUCUGACGUAGUCACAGCUCCUUUUUGCACUGAUCUACAAAACUGAAAAAAAACUAAGAAAAAGGAAGGUCUCGAAGCGAAAUUUGGGCAAAUUUGGUAUACGAUCUCUUUCUGAAGAAAAAGACCAAGGCUUUUGUGAUUCUAAUAAUUUUUAAGUUAAAAAAAGGCUUUUUCCGUCUAGCUUUUCAAGAGUUGAAAGUGCGCUCCAACGAUAAAAGCUUGAUUCUCUGGGUUUUCGGGGUUUUCUAAGACGAGCCAGAGCCACGUAUUUGUUAGAAAAACGCCUAAAAGCCUGAAAAUUUUGAAAUUAAUAUGUCGCCGACUCAUGGCUAGCUUGGGACCCCUGUCUGCGCUCUCCAACAACCAGGCACUAUCUCUUUGCUUACCGUGUCAGGACCCUUUUUUCGGUGACUCAAACUGACCGUAAGUCAGCUGUAGAUUUUUAUUGUCGAGCGCAAUGACGUUACUUAUAAUUCCCCUCUGAAGUACUGAUUUGUUCACUGCUGUAUUAGGGCGGAGCUUGAGAAACUGUUUCAAAAGUUUUCACUGCAUCUACAAUGUAAGAAUACAUGUGCAAUCGACUUUCAUUGAUUUAACUGUGUUUUUAAACGGCGGCAGGAACUGUGGUUUAGGCAGAGAAGUUGUGAAUUUCGCUCGUAGAACGCAGGUACAAGAGAGGUCGUAGGAAGAAGUACGGUGCCGGUUUUCCAAAGACCGAUGGCAGAGAUUGAGCCUUUUCGCUGCAUGCAGCUCCCAAUUUUAUCUACCCCGGAGGGGUGAAAGGCUUGGCCGACCUCGGAGGGACUCGAGCCUACGACCUCGCGGAAGUUAGAAAUUAUUCUUUACCAACUGAGCUUUGCCGCUAUACGGAGCUAGAGAGAUGACUUAAAACCUGAAAUCUGAACAGACUGCUCACCAGCCUUGUUCUAUGAAGAAAAUGAGGGGAAAGAUGGCUUCAACCUAAAACUUUAUCGUUUUAAACAGUACCUGCUUCUAAAAAUGCAAAAUUCGGUCAAAAAUGGAAUGAUAGAUUUAACCUUAAAUUUUAUCAAUUUAAACAGAACUUUCUUAAAAAAAAAAGAUAUUCAUAUUGAUAUUGCUGCAGGCAACGUUCUGCGAGCCGUACAUGCAGCGGGUCCCUCGCCAGAAGCCGAAAACCCUCUCGGAAUGCUGGAUGACUGUCGCCAAAAUCGCCAACACCUGUUCAGCUUUGCGGCAGUGCUGCGAUCCUGCUGCGCGGUACUUUUUUUGUCUCGUUCAGUUAUUCACUAUAUGGUGUUCAUAGUAAUAGCUUGAUGGCUUGACGUUGAAAAUUUGAGCAGAGUAAUUUCAAGACGAGAAAAAUGAUCAAUAAAUCCAAUAUUUCUUCAAGAUGCGAGCAAAUCGCCGAGUACAGCGAGGCCGGGAGAACUGCGGCCGGCCUUCGGGAGGAAAUCGCCAUUCAACUCGCCGAGUGCAAAGAAAAAGGUGCUUUUCAUGGAAUGUUACGGGAUUUUUGUGGUUUUGACGUCUUCCCGCAAAGUUUUGUCUGAACUCCUGAAGUCGCGAAAUAACCGAUUUUGAGGGUCUUUUAGAGAUGGAGCCUCCAGCCUCCUUGGAGGUGUUCUUUUUCAGAAACUAGGGAUUUGUGAACAAAAAAGACUUUAAUUCAAAUUUCUAGACGCCCCUACACCAGCCGUCAACGUUUCUGCCCCUGAAACUGAAAAAUCGACCAAGCCUUCUAAAAAGAAGCAAAGGAUCAUCGAAAAACCACCAUUUUCGCUUUGUCUGCGAUACCUCGAGUGCCAGAAAAAGAGCCACGAAAUUAAAACCGAGUGCAGUUCGAUCCAAAAUGAAGAUGUAAACCUAAUAUUCGAAAAGGUUACGAAUGAAUUUCCCUUUCAGGCCUGGACAGUGGAAUCACUGAACGUCGACCUGCCCCUAGAAGGGAAGGCCAAGAAGUGCCGGGACAAGCUGAAAACCGACGCAACGCGGCUUCAGAAGAAGCGCCAGGAAGCCUUCGCCUACCUGGAUAAAUGCGUUCCUCACGCGAAUGUUACCAGGGAGUUUAUGAUACAGGUAAUAUUGGCGUAAAAAGGCUCCUUUUUUUGCUGCCUUUUUGGGCCAUUUCAUUGGAAAUUAUGCACCAUUUUUGCUGCCUUUCCCUUUUUCACCAUUUCUUGAGUCAUGAAAAUUCCAGAAAAAAUGGAAGGCUCGAUAAAGGGACUCUUUUUGUGGCCUUUUUGCGGCUUUUUCGAGCAUUUUUGCAGCCUUUUUGCGGCCUUUUUGCUGCCUUUCUGCAGCCUUUUUUGAGCCCUUCUUUUUUUAGCGGCCAUUGUCCAACAGUCCGACUUCGCUCGAGCAGUGAAAAAAAAAAUUAUAUAGAAUUUUUUUUUUUCGUACAGAAUUUUUUUUUCGUAUCUUUACUUAAUCACCUGUAUGCCGUUUUUUUAUAUUUCAAUAUCUUUCUUUUUGCUGAUUUUCAAAUUUGAUGAUAUUUUUCUUCCUCUACACAAAUUUUCGAAUGGCUUCUAGAAGAAAAAGUUUUUUCUAGGAAAGAAUCUGCAAAGCGAGCGUUCUGAAGAAGGAAACCAAGCCCGAAGUUCUGAGUCCCCAGAACUGUCGAAUGCAGUUGGCCAAGAAAAGAAGAGAAUGUUCAUUGCUACGGGAUUGCUGCGUUCAAGCUGAUGUGUACGUUGUUUGA